CUCGACAACACUAUCACCAUGCGUCACUCACUUUCGAAGACGCUCGCUCUCGGACUUUUGUCUGCAUACAUUCUACACAGUAGCGGCAAGCCUAUUAUACCGAUCGCUCCAUGCCAAAGCGAGGUAGAUUGUAAAGACCCACACGAGAACACGAAUUGGCCUCAUCUUGCCCGUACUGAUGCUCUUCCACCCGCACUCGACCGCAGAGCUAGUGGCGGAGGACGCCCGAACAGGCCCGAUGAGAACAGUCCCAACGCACCUCAGGCGAACCCUCAUGAUCAGAACAGUCCUUCUGACGCCGGAGACCAGCAGGGCGAGUCUGGGGGGUUCAGCAACGAGCAAGAGACCUCUGGUGGCUCCUCCCAUUCGCAGGAAACCGAAGGAGGGUUCAACAACAACAACGGGGAUGAUACGGGCAAUCCAGGCUCUAGUUCGCAACCAGCGGUCCCGGACCCGAACGCUCAACCAGCAAACCCGAAUCCAGCCCCGAACUCCAACCCGGCUCCAAAUCCAAAUCCAGCCCCGAACCCUAAUGUGGCUCCAAAUCCUAACCCAGCCCCGAAUGUACCUGCGGCUAACAAUCCAGGUCAGCCAAAUGCUGUUCAGUACCAACCCUCAGUAAGGAACAACCACAAUCAACCGGCAACAAGCAACGGUCCUCCAAUCAUUCUCCCGGGCAACAUUAAAGCCAUCGCUGUUACAGAUCGCAGGAACAGCUUCCAGACGAUAAUAACCACCCACAACCUCAACAACCAGCCAUGGUUCUUCUACAGUGGUCUGGAUGACAUGAAAUUCAAUGGAGAAUACAAGACAUCCCUUCAAAGCCAUGUCGGGGCGCAAGGCAGCAUGCGAUCUAUGAACGAUGUUUUGCCCAUGGACGACAAAAGUAUAUGGGAUGAACCUAGCAAACAUGAUGAGUGGAAGAAAUACAAUGACGAGCAGGCAAGUGGUGCUGAGCACUAUUACUGGGCUGUAAACUCGAAGGCUUUAGGUCAAGCAGUUCAAGGACAUGUUUACGUUGCGGUCCCUGGAGGCCGAGGCGUGAACCAACCCUACCCCGACAAAGGCUCGAACUGGUGGACAUAUGAGCUUCCAGAGCUCACUCGCAAUCCCAAUGUCGACAGUGUCAGAGUCGUCCCUUUCGUUAAAGACAAGGAUAACAACGACGCCGACCCGACGAAGUAUAUUCACUAUGGUCCUGAGACGCAGAUUUGGACACGAGGAGACGAGCCGAUUGGUUUUCCAGCAAACGAGUAUGACCGCCUGGAGAGACCCGGUGAGACAUGGGAGAAGCAGCCCGAGGUUGAUAUACCGAAGGCAAACUAAUACGGUGUGGAUGUAUGGUUCAAUCCAGAACUGAUGAUGGCUUUUGCGCUCGGUCUUUUCGACUAAUUGAAAGACUCGGUUUUGGAUCGAAUGGCAGAUCGGAUUCGUCUGAUAUCAUGCCUCUUUGCUCUUGUCGCUCGUUUUUGUGUCAGGUUCUUUUGGUUUCUUUUUACGCACUCGUUCUGUUUCCAUAGUAGUGAAAAUCUUUAGACUCUAUAGUUGUACGACAGCCUUCAACAUAUACUGUAUCGUUGCUGGUAUGCAGACUAGCCGACGUCGAUAUUCUGUUCAACACGUUGACUAAGGCAGGUGCCUGAUUGUUUGCGCCCGCCAGUGAGUGGUUCCUCUUGACACAAUACUAGGCCAUGAAAAGGGGUCUUCCAAUGGUUGAAAGAACAGUCGCGAGCUCGUUGUAAGACAUCGAAC